AUGAUAAGUGUGGGACCCAAAAUUUAACAGAAAUCUUUUCCCACCUCACAAUUCUACCUUCGAUGCCCAACACAAUCCAUGUAAGAAAAACCAAUAAUUAAAAAAAAAAUUAUCCGAAAACAAGAAGAGAAGCAAAACCAAGAACCAGGAAAAGAAGCAGCCAUGGUUGCACAAGCAGCAGCAAUAACAACUUCAUCAUCACAUCUUCUCUUCUCAACCUCACGCUCACUGUCUCGCCCAUCUCCUUCCCAGUUAUGUGUCUUUGACUCAAAAACACUUGUGUCAUACCCCAACAGCACUAGUACUUACAAGAAAAAACGUGGUGGUGAUGGGCUCAAGUGCAUGGCUGUGAGCACAGCCUCGGAUGCUAAAACAAAGAAGAGUACGUUUGAGAUUCAAACACUGACUGGUUGGCUGUUGAAGCAAGAACAAGCUGGUGUUAUUGAUGCUGAGCUCACUAUUGUUAUAUCAAGCAUUUCAAUGGCAUGUAAGCAGAUUGCUUCUUUGGUGCAAAGAGCUAGCAUUUCUAACUUAACUGGAGUUCAAGGUUCUGUUAACGUUCAAGGAGAAGAUCAGAAGAAGCUUGACGUGGUCUCUAAUGAGGUGUUCUCUAGCUGCUUGAGAUCAAGUGGGAGGACAGGAAUCAUAGCAUCAGAGGAAGAGGACGUGCCAGUGGCAGUGGAGGAGAGUUACUCUGGAAACUAUAUAGUGGUUUUUGACCCACUCGAUGGAUCAUCCAACAUUGAUGCUGCAGUGUCUACUGGUUCCAUCUUUGGAAUAUACAGCCCCAAUGACGAAUGCCUGGCCGAUAUUGGAGAUGACUCCACUCUUGAUCAAACGGAACAGAGGUGUAUUGUGAAUGUGUGCCAGCCAGGAAAUAACCUCCUUGUUGCUGGCUACUGCAUGUAUUCAAGCUCAGUGAUUUUUGUGCUAACUAUUGGAAAAGGCGUGUUCUCUUUCAGCUUGGAUCCAAUGUAUGGAGAGUUUGUUUUAACUCAAGAAAACAUCCAGAUACCAAAGGCUGGAAAGAUUUAUUCAUUUAAUGAAGGAAACUACCAGUUGUGGGAUGACAAGCUGAAGAAGUACAUUGAUGACCUUAAAGACCCUGGUCCGAGUGGCAAGCCCUACUCCGCUAGAUACAUUGGAAGCUUGGUCGGUGACUUCCACCGGACGCUGCUGUACGGUGGCAUUUAUGGGUACCCCAGGGACAAGAAGAGCAAGAAUGGGAAGCUGAGGCUUCUGUAUGAGUGUGCACCGAUGAGCUUUAUAGUGGAACAAGCUGGUGGGAAAGGAUCAGACGGGCAUCAGAGAGUACUGGAUAUCACUCCUACUGAGAUACACCAGCGUGUUCCGCUUUACAUAGGGAGCGUGGAGGAAGUGGAGAAAUUGGAGAAUAAAAUAACUUCAUUUCAUGCGGGAGCAGGGCCAGUAGACAGCUCCAAUACCAAGUGGGCUCAUAAGUCAAACAAAGUUAUAGUUUCACCUAGAAUGAAUCACAAUCACACAAUAGGCGUAGGAAGGAAGAUAAGUGAGAACCCUGUACACAGACACCCAACAAUCACAACAAUGUUUGAGGCAAUUCCGACUUCCUCUUCACAAAUCACCUUCUCAACCUCUCGCUCUUCCAUUAUUUCUCACCUGUUUCCUAUAAAGAACCGCUCUCAUCAUAUUAGACAAUCAUUUGGUAGGCGUUUUGCCUCCGGAAUUCGAUGCAAAGCUGUGGAAAUUACAGCAGCAGAAUCAGGCAUUAAAGAAGAUAAGAGAAAGAAGGGCCGUUAUGCGCUCGAAAACUUGACAACUUGGCUAUUGAAGCAAGAACAAGCAGGGAACAUUGAUGCAGAGCUCACAGUGGUUUUAUCCGGUAUCUCAUUGGCAUGUAAACAGAUUGCUUCCCUUCUUCAACGAUCGAGCAUAAUCAAUCUCACUGGCGUUCAAGGAACCACCAACAUCCAAGGUGAAGAUCAGAAGAAGCUGGAUGUAAUCUCCAAUGAGCUGUUUUGCAAUUGUUUAAGGUCAAGUGGCCGCACAGCGAUUAUAGUAUCAGAGGAAGAAGACGUACCUGUUGCUGUCGAGGAAACUUACUCUGGGAACUAUAUUGUGGUGUUUGAUCCAAUUGAUGGGUCUGCCAACAUUGAUAUAGCAUUGACCACUGGAUCUGUCUUUGGAAUUUAUGGCCCUGAUGAGCAAUGCCUCUUUAAUAUUGACGAUGACUCCACACUUGACGAAGCAAGACAAAGGUGCAUCAUCAACGCUUGCCAGCCAGGCAGAAACUUGCUUGCUGCUGGCUAUUGCCUCUAUUCAAGCUCGGUCGUCUUCACAAUAUCUAUAGGGAAAGGGGUGUUUGCUUUUACCUUGGAUCCCACAUUCGGGGAGUUUGUACUGACACAUGAAGAUAUCAAGAUCCCGAAAACAGGAAAGAUUUACUCGUUCAAUGAAGGAAAUUAUGACCUGUGGGAUGGUAAACUGCAGAGCUACCUUGGCUACCUUAGGCAGCCAGGGCCACCCAACGGGAAGCCUUACUCUGGACGUUAUAUAGGCUGCCUUGUUGGGGAAAUACAUAGGAUGCUUCUAUAUGGUGGCAUCUAUGGAAACCCAAAGAACAAGAACAGCAAAAAUGGGAACUUGAGGUUACUGUAUGAAUGCGCACCAAUGAGUUAUCUCGUGGAACAAGCUGGUGGCAAAGCAACGGAUGGUCACCAGAGAAUCCUUGACAUCAAGCCAGAACAGAUACACCAGCGCACACCUAUUUUCAUUGGAAGCCCAGAUGAAGUGGACAAACUUCAGCAGUACCUGGCUUGAGCUUAGAUAUCUUGAUUCUGUCAUUUAUCCUCCAUCUUUCAGCAUGCUUAAAUACUAAUGGCAUUUGAAUUAAGAACUCUUGCAGAUAUUCAACUGUUCAUAGAGUUGAUAAGAUUAAUCCCAUCUAAAAUCAAUGUAAAGAAGAAUUCGUCACUUCUUUUUAUCAGAAAUAAAUCAGCUUUUGAUACAA